ACAUGACCCACAGCAGCCUCCACGGCAACGGCACGCACGCGCACGGUAUUUUCGCUUCGUAUCCCUACAAUGAGGAGUACGGCUUUGACGCAGCUUCUUACCAAGGGAUCGUGAAGCGGGUCAGAGAGUAUAGUAGGAAGAGAACAUCAAUAAAGAGCAGCACAAGCACUUCUUCUUCCAUACAAGAAUCUUUAUCUCUCAGUGUCACCGACCGCCUCAGCGUCGGGAUGUUUCUUUUUUUGGUAGAAAAGCGCAUCGCGGAACACGAGUGGUGGGUUCUCUUACCCCCAUGGGCGCGAGAAGUAGAGCGAGAGCCGGUGGAUAAUCAAGUCCGCGCGGCCGGGGAGCGCGACGGAGAAAGGCAAGAAGGAGAAGAAGUGCCAACGGUACUAGAAGAUCAAGAUGCGGGCGAGGGAAAUAAAGCGGACACCGAUCGGACGGCAGGACAAGAAGAUGGAGUUGAUACAGUCAGUGGCUCAUCUAAAAGUUCGAGUACUUCUACUUCCGCUGCAAGAACUCCAAGUGGUGCUAGAAGUGACGACUCUUCUCUUCUGGACCUGAGAAGAGCAAGAGAAGCAAUAUCGGAGAACUCGGACGCUGAUAAUUUAGAAGAUACUCGGCCUAGUAGAAGUAGGACAACCUCCCAAGAACAUGAAGUGUCGGCCUACGACAGCACCACACAGGAUAAAGAUAAAAAUCCGUUCCAGCUG